AUGCCCUCGGACCGCGCAGGAUACACCGUUGUCGUAUUUGCCAUCGAUGUUUCUCCUUCGAUGGGCGAUGAAGGGGUAGACCCGGACAAGAGGGAUGAUGCCGAGGCCGGGGAGGGGGGUGGGAAUGGCAAGGACAAGGCUAAGGGGAGGAAGACCAAAUUGGGCCUUGUACAGGAGUAUGUGGCGAGGGUGCUGGAGCCAAAGAUAUCGAGUGGGAGGAAGACGGAAGUUGCGGGUAUCCUGAGCUUUGGCGGACGGACGAACAACCAGGCCAAUCAAGCAUACAUCAAAGCCAACCCGGACGAGGAAGAUCCACCUUAUGCCAACGUGUCAUGCGAUGUGGCUAUACAGACUGCCAAGCCCAAGACUGUGGAAGAGGUGAUGAAUCUUCAACUAGGGGAUGUCGAGGGAAACCCGGUCUCGGCUUUGAUGGUCGCGCUGGAUAUGAUACAUGUUCAUAAACAUACCAAGAGCUGGUCUUUGGAAGUGGUGCUUCUUACGGAUGGCGAAAGCGAGUUCGAGCAGGGCGAGUACGAGGAAUGUAUGGCUCGAUUUGAGCAGUUGGGGGUGAAGCUUACUGUACUGGGAGUCGGGUUCGAUGCGCCUGAAAAUAGCGUUGACAAGAGCAAGAGCAAGCCAAAGCGGCUCUCCGAGAAGUUCUGGCGAACGUUCACCAAACUCCUCCACGAAGAAGUCAGCAAGACUACCACCUCGGAAGAGCUCCUCCCCGAAAUCGGCACCUUCGAGACCGAGCUCACCCGCGCCCGCCUCCCCAAACCUAUCGCCGUGAACGGUACUUUGGCCGGAAUCGACCUCUUCAUCGGAUCUCCCGAUAUCAAUCCCGAAGAAGCGAUCUCCAUCCCCGUCAAAUACAGUAAAGCGACCAUGCGCGCUCGACCACCGACCCUUAGUAAGGCUUGGAAACCCGCCAUGGACCUCCAAGCGCCUCUCCUCCCCAAAGCGCGCGUAGGCGAUGCUUCUUUGUCGAGUCAGCUACUGUCGAGCUUUGGCCAGGGUCGGACCGGGGAUGGGCAAGCGGAUCUGGCAGCUAUGAUCUCGUCGGAUGUCAAGGCGUACUCGACAUAUGUCGUCAAGAAGCCCGAUCCGGCUGCGUUGGCUGCGGAGGCAUCGCAGGCGCAGUCGAGUCAGAGGAUGCCGAGUCAGGCGGCCGCGGCGCAGAGAAGGGGGAGUCCAGAUGAGGUAGAAGCCGCAGAGGAGGAGGCAGAAGAAAAGCCAGAGCCGGAGGAAGAAGAGGAAGAGUCGGUCGCAAAGGAGGAUAUCGUCAAGGCGUGGAGGUUUGGUUCGACCUGGGUACCGAUGGAGGCGGAUACGUUCGAGCCGUUGAACACGAAGAAGGGCAUUGAGGUGUUGGGUUUCUUCCCGCGGGCCAACCUCAAAAGACAUCACCUGAUGGGCGAAGUCCGCUUCGUCUGGCCAGACCUAGGCAACCCCAAGGGUCAAGUCCAAUUCUCAUCCCUCGUCACCGCUCUGGUCCUGCGAGAGAUGGUAGCGGUCGUCCGGUGGGUCAUCAAGGACCAGUCCGAGCCGGUCAUUGGGAUCUGCGUGCCCGAGCAGGACUUUCCGGACGCCGGGAAAAGGCUGGACUUUAUGUUUUGGAUCAAGUUGCCAUUUGCGGAGGAUGAGCACAACUUCUGGUUCCCUUCGCUGGAGACGUACAAGACUGCCUCGGGCAAGGUGUUGAAGGAGCACCCGCUCUUGCCUACGGAAGAGCAGUGCGAGUUGAUGGAUCAGUUUGUGGCGGCGAUGGAUUUGGACGAGUAUGCGGGGGGGAUGAAAGUGAAGCAGGAAGGCGAGGAUGUGGAUAUGGAAGAAGAGGACAACUUCCCAGCGCCAUGGUACGAAGCCAUCCAGUCAUACAACCCCGCCAUCCACCGAAUCAAAGAAGCCAUUUUCCACGCCUCGCUCACCUACGAUCUCGAUGCGGAUCCCCUUGGCCCGCCUCAUCCGGAAUUGACAAAGUACUUUCAGCCCCCGCAGGCACUGGUAGGGAAGGCCGAGGGCGUGGUUGGGAGAUUGAAGGAGAGCUUGGGGGUCAAGAAGGUGCCUGCGAAGGUUAGGGCCGCGAAGCGGGCCAAGGAGGGAUUGAGGGAGGAUGAGGGAUAUAUUGAUAUCGACGACCUCUUUGACGAUGAUGGCGAAGCGAACGACGCCGGGCCUUCAGCACAGAAAGGCAAGGGCAAAGCCGACCCCUCUACGCCUCAAAAAGGCGCCGCGCCGGCCGCCGGUGAAGACGAGGACAUGGAAUCCGCCCAAAUCUCGCAGAAACCAAAAACGACCCCGGCGAAACCGAAGCGAGGCAGGCUGAUCAGAAAUGAGAACCCACUGGACGACUUUACCCGGCUUGUCAAUGGCGAAGGGGACGUGUUCCGGAAAGCGAUCCAGGAUCUUGGGGCGGUCGUCAAAGAGAAUGUAGAGGCGAGCUUCUCGAAGCAGGCGUUCCCGCUCGCCGUGGAGUGUCUGAAGGCGAUGCGGGAGACGGCGCUGGUGUAUGAGGAGGUGGAGACUUAUAACGCGUAUAUCGAGGAACUGGAAAAGUUCGUCAAGGACUCAAAUUUCAAGCAUAAGGACUUUUGGAAGGCUGUCGAAGAGGCAGGCAACGAUGUGGCCCAUAUCACGCCUGAGGAGGAAGAGGCGGCGCUAACCGGGGAGGACUGA